GCGUUCUGCCCACCAUGUUGGGAGCCGUUACCACGUUGUUUUUAUCUCGGGAGUCUGGGGAGAAUUGUGCCCUGGCCUCUGUGGCCCUGCGUGGCAGUGGUGUGUGGAGACCCACGAGAGGACGCUAGACGUCCCGGAUGCCGGAAAUGGGGUCCCUGUCAUUUGAAGACGUGUCUGUGGACUUCACCUGGGAGGAGUGGCAGGAGCUGGAUGCUGCCCAGAGGACCCUCUACAGGGAUGUGAUGCUGGAGAACUACAGCAGCCUGCUGUUCUUGGGGCACUGCAUGACCAAGCCAGAGUUGAUCUUCAAGUUGGAGCAUGGAUUUGGGCCAUGGAAUAUAGCAGACUCCUUAAUCCAGAGCUUUCCAGUGACUGUCCCAAUUGAGACCAGCCAGGAGAAUUGCAAGCAACAUUUGUGGCAAGUUGGAAUCACCAAUAGUAAGACAGUAAAUAAUAAAAUGGUUCAAACUGAACUGAAAGUGCAUCAGAAAAUCUGCCAGGAAACAAAAUGCUAUGAAGGUAAAGCAAGUAUGAGGAUGUUUUACCAGGAGCCACAACACACAAGGAAUCUGCUGCCUCACACAUGCAAAAAAUAUUUGUACUACAACUCAGCUAUUGCUAAACCUCAGAAUCUUCAUCGAAUAGAGAAUAAAGAAUAUGAGUGUAAGGAAUGCUGGAAAACAUUCUUGAAGUCACGCCUCACUGAACCUCAGAGAACUCAUACAAGUGAGAAGCACUAUGAAUGUUUAGACUGUGGCAAAUCUUUCUACUGCAAGAAACAACACACUAGACACCAGAGGACUCAUACAUGUGAGAAGCUCUAUGAAUGCACAGAAUGUGGGAAAGCUUUCACUCGCAAGGAUCACCUCACUCUUCAUGAGCGGACUCAUACAGGUGAGAAACCCUAUGAAUGUACAGAAUGUGGGAAAUCUUGCACCAGGAAAGGGAAUCUUAUUAAACAUCAAAGAACACAUACAGGUGAGAAGCCCUAUGAAUGUACAGAAUGUGGAAAAACUUUCACUCACAAGGAGUACCUCACUCUUCAUGAGAAAACUCACACAGGUGAGAAGCCCUAUGAUUGUACAGAGUGUGGGAAAGCCUUUACCACCAAAGGAAGCCUUAAGAUACAUCAAAACACUCAUACUGGUGAGAAGCCCUAUGAAUGUACAGAAUGUGGGAAAGCUUUCAACAGAAAGAUGCACCUCACUCUUCAUGAGAGAACUCAUACAGGUGAGAAACCCUUUGAAUGUGCAGAAUGUGGGAAAGCUUUCACUCAAAAGGUGUGCCUUGUUGCUCAUGAGAGAGCUCAUACAGGUGAGAAGCCCUAUGAAUGUACAGAAUGUGGGAAAGCUUUCACCACCAAAGGACGCCUUAUUAUACAUCACAGAACUCAUACGGGUGAGAAGCCCUAUGUCUGCACAGAAUGUGGGAAAGCUUUCACUCGGAAGGAUUACCUCACUGUUCAUGAGAGAAUUCAUACAGGUGAGAAGCCUUAUGAAUGUACAGAAUGUGGGAAAGCUUUCACUCAAAAGGUGUGCCUCACUGUUCAUCAGAGAACUCAUGUAGAUGACAAGCCCUAUGAAUAUACGGGUGGGAAAGGUUUCACUCGGGAGAUGCACCUCACUGUUCAUGAGCAAACCCCUAUGGUUGAGAACCCCAAUGAAAACACAGCAAGUGGGAAAGCAUUCAUUCAGAAGGUCCACCUCACUGUUCAAACGUGAACUCAGAGGGGUGAGAAGCCUUAUGAAUACACAGAAUGUGGGAAAAUGUUCUACUCUUAAGUCACAACUAACUAUACAUCACAAAACCAGCAAAUGUGAUUAAACAGUGGAAUACACCGUGGUACAAUAUACUGUCAGUUUUUGUCAUCAAGAAAUCCUAUAAAUAUAGGAAUUAGAAAAGAAAAAUUCAGCCACAUUCUCACAUUAGAAGUAUCAAAUUAUGAAAUUGAGAACGUCUUUGAAAUUUGAAAAAUGGUUGGACUCGGGAUGUGACUCAGUAGCAGUUUGCUUUGUGAAAUUUAUAUUAUAUAUGUAUAUCUGAAAGUUCUAGCAUGUCAUUUGUAUAUUGAACAUUUAUGGAUCAAUUUUAAAUACAGGAAAUUUUGGACAAGUUGCAGCAAA